UUGGCCCGCAAGGGAGUUCUUUCAACUUGUGGAUACAAGAAACAAUCGUAUAAGUGAUCAAUCUCUUUAAUUGGGGUUGAUUAAAAAUGGCCGGAACGGCAUCAGUAGCUGGAGAAGUGUUUGUCGAUGCUUUGCCGUAUUUUGACCAAGGUUACGAUGCAGCAGGAGUCAGAGAGGCGGCUGCAGCAUUGGUGGAGGAGGAGACCAGAAGAUAUCGACCUACCAAGAACUACCUGAGCUACCUGCCCACACCUGACUUCUCUGCUUUUGAGACAGAAAUAAUGAGGAAUGAGUUUGAGCGGCUGGCGGCUCGGCAGCCAAUGGAUCUCCUGACCAUGAAAAGAUAUGAACUGCCAGCACCUUCAGCUGGACAGAAGAAUGACAUCACAGCAUGGCAGGAGAGUGUAAACAACUCGAUGGCCCAGCUGGAGCACCAGGCGGUCCGCAUUGAGAACCUGGAGCUCAUGUCUCAGUACGGCACCAACGCGUGGAAAGUCUACAACGAUAACUUAGCCAUCCAGAUUGAGAUGGCCCAAAAGGAACUACAGAAAUUCAGAAAGCAAAUUCAAGACUUAAACUGGCAGCGAAAGAAUGAUCAGCUGGCAGGAGGAGCCAAACUGCGAGAGCUGGAGUCCAACUGGGUGUCCCUGGUCAGUAAGAACUACGAGAUCGAGCGAGCUAUCGUCCAGCUGGAGAACGAAUUAACGACGCUCAGGCAGCAGCAGGGGGACGAGAACAAGGAGAACAUCCGACAGGACUUCUAGUGCAUUUAAUCUGAGCACGGAUCUACAAACUCAUGAACUUCAAGUCACAAAGAUGUCUUCUUUCAAAACUGACUGAAGAACUACACAAAGGUCCAUCAUCGAGUAACUUCAACAGUCUGAAUGAACUUUCAGGGAACCUUUGUGACACGUUAGCAGACUUCACAGAUAAAAUCUGUCUGUAAAGACACAAGUGGAAUAUGGUCCAUCAAAGCUGUACUGUACUUACAGAUGUUAAAAUUUAUAUUUAUAGUCUGUAACAGGAUAGAACUUGUCAGUCCUCUUACAAUUGAGAGUAAAAUUUGAAUGCACAGAUGCAACCAUGCAGUAUAACUUUGUCCAUGUAGAUUUGUGGUUAAAGUCUGUAAUGCUAACUUUGUUUUUUAAAAGAUCGAACCUUAAAUUACUGAGUGAGUUUACUAGCCUCAAGAUUCACUUUUUGUGCAUCCAAGAAUGGCAUUGUCCAUCUGACUAGGGCAAAAAUUACCUGAUCCCUCUUUACCAUGUGACUCUAUACCAGCAUGAAGGUUUCACUCUCAGGCGAACAACACAGAUGUGUGUUUAGUCUGCAGUGUAGAUAUUUGGUCAAGUCUGUCAAUGACAAAAUAUUUUGUUUUGUUCUGUUUGUCAUUUUUUAGGAUGUUUUAAUAAAAUAAACAUUUGUAACA